AUACGGACAACAUUUACAGAAGGUAGAGAACAGAAAGUUAACAGGAAUUAAGCCAAAAUAAAGAGAGGAACGAACAGAAAGAGAACCCUUAGGUCCUAUGUCUUAAUGGGAACAUAUUUCUUCAUAUUUCCAACGUAAGGAAAAGGAACUUGUAAAGAACAUCGUUUGGUGUUGGUUUAAGGCGCAAAACAGAGAAAACUUCGGACAGAAGUUAAUAUUUUGCUGUAAGCAUAACAGAAGUAAGAUGACUUCUCAACAGAGAGUGAGGGAGUACACAACAGACAGUUGGGAGAGGGAGAGGCUGCCCUCAGAUGACUUGCUCUAUCAGGGGAUGCUCAAAGCCAUGGAUGGCAGGAAAGAUGAACGGGACAGAGUGCAGAAAAAGACUUUUACAAAAUGGGUGAACAAACACCUAAUAAAGACUCAGCGUCAUGUGAGUGACCUGUAUGAAGAUCUACGAGAUGGACAUAACCUGAUCUCGCUGCUGGAGGUGCUCUCCGGAGAGACACUGCCUCGUGAGAGAGGACGCAUGCGAUUUCAUAAACUUCAGAAUGUACAGAUAGCACUGGACUUCCUCAGACACCGGCAGGUCAAGCUGGUGAAUAUCAGGAAUGAUGACAUUGCAGAUGGAAACCCCAAGCUGACACUGGGUCUAAUAUGGACCAUCAUCCUCCACUUCCAGAUUUCAGAUAUCCAGGUGAACGGUCAGUCAGAUGACAUGUCGGCAAAGGAAAAGCUCCUCCUCUGGUCUCAGCGAAUGGUGGAUGGUUACCAUGGCAUCCGCUGUGAUAACUUCACCACUAGCUGGAGGGAUGGAAAACUCUUCAACGCUGUUAUACACAAACACAAGCCCAGGCUCAUCGACAUGACAAAGUUGUACCACCAGACCAACCUGGAGAACCUGGAGCAGGCGUUUACUGUUGCAGAGCAAGAACUUGGAGUCACACGACUGCUUGACCCAGAAGAUGUGGAUGUGCCUCACCCUGAUGAGAAGUCAAUUAUCACAUAUGUGUCGUCCCUUUAUGAUGCUAUGCCACGUGUUUCUGAUGUCCAGGAUGGCGUCAAAGCCAAUGAGCUGCAACUGCGCUGGCAGGAAUACUACGAACUGGUCACCAUUAUACUGCAGUGGAUUAGACAUCAUGUCAUCAUCUUUGAGGAGAGGAAGUUUCCCGGCAGCUAUGAGGAGACUGAGAUUCUGUGGCGUCAGUUUCUAAAGUUCAAAGAGACAGAGCUGCCCCCUAAAGAGUCAGAUAAGGUCCGCUCCAAACACCUCUACCAGUCCUUUGAGAGUGCAGUUCAUGGUGGUCAGAUUAAGGUGCCUCCUGGUUACCACCCCAUUGAUGUUGAGAAGGAAUGGGGGCGAAUCCAUGUAGCCAUACUAGAGAGGGAGAGACUUCUCAGAAUAGAGUUUGAGAGGUUAGAACGUCUCCAGCAGAUUGUGAGUAAAGUGCAGAUGGAGUCAGGCAUGUGUGAGGAACAGCUCAACCAGGUUGAGACCCUGCUGAAGACGGAUAUUCGACUCCUGAAUGCCAGGAAACCAGCCCAGAACACAGUUGAAGUGGAAAGGGAUCUGGAUAAAGCAGAUGGAAUGAUCCGUCUCCUCUUUAAUGAUGUUCAGCUUCUCAAGGAUGGGCGACACCUGCAGGCAGAGCAGAUGUAUCGCAGGGUUUACCAUUUGCAUGAGCGUUUUGUGAACUUGCGCACUGAGUACAAUCUGAGGCUCAAGCCCAGUGCCACUACAGUUACUCAGUUCUCCAUCGCUCAAGUCUCCCAGAAGACUUCACAGCGUGUACGGCCCGAGCUGGAUGAGGUCACUCUCCGCUAUGCACAGGACCUGUUAGCUUGGGUGGAGGAGAACCAGCGCAGGAUUGAGACGGCAGAGUGGGGCAAUGACCUUCCUUCUGUAGAGUCUCAGCUGGGCAGUCACAGAGGUCUUCACCAAACCAUUGAGGACUUCAAGGCUAAGAUUGAACGAGCACGAGCAGAUGAGAAUCAGCUCUCACCUGUUAGUAAAGGCACAUACAGAGAAUAUCUGGGCAAACUGGAUCUGUAUUACACCAAACUGCUGAACUCUUCCAAGUCACGUUUGAGACAUCUCGACCAGCUGUACACCUUUGUCAAUUCUGCCACUAAAGAACUGAUGUGGCUUAAUGACAAAGAGGAAGAGGAAGUCAAAUAUGACUGGAGUGAACGCAACACCAACAUGACUGCAAAGAAAGAGAACUACUCAGGACUCAUGAGAGAGCUGGAGUUUCGGGAGAAAAAAGUCAGCGACAUCCAGGCCACUGGAGACAGACUCAUCAAAGACAGCCAUCCAGGCAAAAAGACUGUUGAGUCCUUCAUGGCAGCUCUGCAGACCCAGUGGAGCUGGAUCCUCCAAGUAUGCUGUUGUGUUGAAACACAUCUCAGGGAGAACACUGCAUACUUCCAGUUCUUUAAUGAUGUGAAAGAGGCUGAGGAGAGGAUGAAGAAGAUGCAGGACACCAUGAAGAAGAAGUACAUGUGUGACCGCACUACCACUGCCACUCGACUGGAGGACUUGCUCCAGGACGCUGUCGAGGAGAGAGAGCAGCUGAAUGAGGUUAAGACUCAUAUCGCUGGCCUAAACAAAAGAGCCAAAACCAUCAUCCAGCUGAAGCCACGGGACCCCACUACCCCCUUCAAAGGCAAACUGCCCAUCCAGGCAGUGUGCGACUUCAAACAGAUGGAGAUCACGAUGCACAAGGGUGAUGAGUGUGCACUCAUCAAUAACUCUCAGCCGUAUAUGUGGAAGGUUCUAAACCGUUCAGGUAGUGAGGCCACAGUACCGUCUGUCUGCUUUCUGGUGCCGCCCGUCAACAAGGAGGCUGUCGAGAGUGUGUCCAGUCUGGAGUCAGGUCAUCAGCAGAUACUGAUUCUAUGGCAGAGACUGCACACUGACUUGAGAAGUCUGCUGUCCUGGCAAUACCUGAUGAAAGACAUCCAGCUCAUCCGCUCAUGGAACAUCACUAUGUUCAAGACGAUAAAAACGGACGAAUACACACUGAUUUUGAGGAACCUGCAGCUUCAUUAUCAAGACUUUCUCAAAGACAGUCAAGACUCAAAACUCUUUGAUUCAAACUAUCACAUGCAGAUAGAGAGGGACUACAAGGAGACCACAAAGCAUUUUGACACCCUUCUCUGCACUCUGGAGAAAGGUGAACAGGAUGAGUCGAUAUGUAAGACAUACAUCACUCAGAUCAGAGACAUGCGUCUGCAGAUAGAAGACUGUGAGUCUCGCACAGUGGCCCGUAUCCGACAACCUGUGGGAAAAGAUCCACUCAAAGACUGCAUCCAGAAGACUGCUGAACAGAAGAAAGUUCACAUAGAGCUCGAAGGAAUCAAGAAGAAUGUAAAUAAAGUGUCUCAGAAAGCCGAGGAGCUCAUGGCCUCUCCAGAGCAGUCCAGCACUCCAGUCCUGCGUUCAGAGCUGGACAUCACCCUGCAGAAGAUGGACCAAACCUACAACUUGUCCUCUGUGUAUUUGGAGAAACUUAAGACAAUAGAUGUUGUGAUCCGGAACACACAAGGGGCAGAAGAGGUUCUGAAGAAAUAUGAGAAUCGCCUGCGUGAUGUUCACACGGUUCCUACAAAUGUUCAGGAUGUCGGGAACUACUGUUCUGAGCUCAAGAAAAUGCGAGCUGAGGCAGAAACCCAGAAGCCAAUGUUUGAUGGUAUGGAGGGAGAGCUGGCCGCAGCCACAGCUGUCAGUCAGCGUAUGGUGAAGAUUCACACCGAGAGGGAUGCUGAACUGGACCACUACAGACAGCUGCUGGGCAGCCUGCAGGACCGCUGGCGUGCAGUCUUUGCUCAGAUCGACCUGCGUCAACGUGAGCUGGAGCAGCUGGGCCGUCACCAAGGCUACUACCGUGAGAGCUACGACUGGCUUAUCCGCUGGAUCGCAGAUGCCAAACAGCAGCAGGAGAAGAUCCAGGCAGUGCCGAUUUUUGACAGCAAGACACUGAAAGAACAAUUAGCUCAGGAGAAAAAACUUCUAGAAGAUAUUGAGAAAAACAAAGAGAAAGUUGAUGAGUGUCAGAAAUAUGCCAAAGCUUACAUUGAUACAAUUAAGGAUUAUGAACUGCAGUUGGUUGCCUAUAAAGCUCAGAUUGAACCUUUGACAUCUCCUUUGAAGAAAACCAAGAUGGAUUCUGCCUCAGACAACAUCAUUCAGGAGUAUGUAACUCUGAGAACUCGCUAUAGUGAACUAAUGACCCUGACCAGUCAAUACAUCAAGUUCAUCACUGACACACAGGGUCGCCUAGAGAACGAGGAGAAAGCUGCUGAGAAACAUAAAGCGGAAGAGAGAAAAAAAAUGGCUGAGAUGCAGGCAGAGUUAGAUAAACAGAAGCAGCUAUCUGAAGCUCAUGCCAAGGCCAUUGCCAAAGCAGAGAAAGAGGCCCAGGAACUCAAACUAAUGAUGCAAGAGGAGGUUAGCAAACGAGAGAUUGUUGCAGUGGAUGCUGAAAGGCAGAAACACAAUAUCAAGCAGGAGCUACAUGAGCUCAAAAACCUCUCAGAACAACAGAUCAAAUCAAAGAGUCAACAAGUGGAUGAGGCUCUGCAAAGCCGGACCAAAAUAGAGGAGGAGAUCCGCAUAAUCAGACUUCAGUUGGAAACCACAGUGAAGCAGAAGUCAACUGCAGAGGAAGAGCUGAGGCAGCUUAGGGACAAAGCUGCAGAAGCAGAGAGACUUCGCAAAGCUGCUCAGGAUGAGGCCGAAAAACUCCGCAAGCAGGUUCACGAGGAGACCCAGAAGAAGCGUAUGGCAGAAGAGGAGUUAAAGCUUAAGUCUGAAGCAGAGAGAGAGGCUGCUAGGCUGAAGCAAAAAGCACUGGAUGACCUUGAGAAACUUAAGAUGCAAGCAGAGGAGGCAGAAAGACACAUGAAACAGGCAGAGAUUGAGAAAGACAGGCAAAUCAAGCUUGCUCAAGAUGCAGCUCAGAAAAGUGCCUCAGCUGAGCUUCAGAGCAAGCGUAUGUCCUUUGUUGAGAAGACAUCCAAACUUGAGGAGUCACUUCGAGAGAAGCACGGCACUGUCAUUCAACUGCAGGAGGAGGCAGAACGGCUAAAAAAACAACAGGAACAGGCAGACACAGCAAGGGAGGAAGCUGAGAAAGAGCUUGAAAAAUGGAGGCAAAAAGCAAAUGAAGCCCUUCGUCUAAGGCUACAGGCAGAGGAAGAGGCCCACAGAAAGUCUCUUGCACAGGAAGAGGCUGAAAAACAGAAAGAAGAUGCUGAGCGUGAGACCAAAAAACGGGCAAAAGCUGAGGAGUCUGCCCUAAAACAGAAAGACAUGGCUGAACAAGAGCUAGAGCGGCAGAGGAAGCUGGCAGAGAGCACAGCACAACAGAAGCUUUCUGCAGAACAUGAGCUGAUCCGCUUAAGAGCUGAUUUUGAUCAUGCAGAGCAGCAGAGAUCCCUGCUUGAUAAUGAACUGUACCGUCUUAAGAAUGAGGUCAGUGCUGCAGAGCAACAACGGAAGCAGCUUGAAGAUGAGCUUUCCAAAGUUAGAAGUGAAAUGGACAUACUUUUGCAACUGAAAUCUAAGGCCGAAAAGGAUAGCAUGUCUAAUACUGAAAAGAGUAAACAACUCAUGGAAGCUGAAGCUGCUAAGCUGAGGGAUCUUGCUGAUGAAGCAGCUAAGCUCCGUGCCAUUGCUGAAGAGGCAAAAAGGCAGAGGCAAGUGGCUGAGGACGAAGCUAUGAGACAGAGAACAGAAGCAGAGAGAAUUCUCAAAGAGAAACUCGCCGCCAUCAAUGAGGCUACUCGCUUGAAAACAGAAGCAGAAAUAGCACUUAAAGCAAAAGAGGCAGAAAACGAACGCCUUCGAAGGAAUGCUGAGGAUGAAGCUUACCAGAGAAAAGCUCUUGAAGAUCAAGCAAGCCAGCACAAGCAAGACAUUGAGCAGAAGAUAGACCAACUCAAGAAGACCUCUGAAAUGGAAUUAGAAAGACAGAAAUCAAUUGUUGAUGAUUCUCUGAAACAAAAACGAAUAGUUGAAGAGGAGAUUCGUAUCUUGAAACUUAACUUCGAGAAGGCUUCAUCUGGCAAACUUGAUUUGGAGCUUGAACUGAAUAAACUUAAAAAUAUUGCUGAGGAAACCCAACAAAGCAAACUACGAGCUGAGGAGGAAGCUGAGAAGCUCCGCAAGCUUGCCCUUGAGGAAGAGAACAGGAGAAGGGAGGCUGAAGAAAAAUUGAAAAGGAUUACUGCCGCAGAACAGGAAGCAGCUCGACAGUGCCAGACUGCUCAAGAAGAAGUGGAGCGUCUAAAAAAGAAAGCCGAUGAGGCCAGAAAGCAGAAAGAAGGUGCUGAUAAAGAGGCUGAGAGGCAAAUAUUUGCUGCCAAAGAGGCUGCUGAGAAAGCGUUUACAGCAGAGAAGCAAGUACAAAACGUUCUUGUUCAGCAGAAAGAGGAUAGCUUUGUGCACAAAAAGCUCAUGGAGGAGUUUGAGAAAGCUAAAAAGCUUGCACAAGAAGCAGAAAAGGCCAAAGAAAAAGCUGAGAGAGAAGCUGUCCUACUCCGUCAACAAGCAGAAGAUGCAGAGCGUCAGAGACAGGCUGCUGAAUUUGAGGCAGCCAAUCAGGCUAAAGCCCAGGAGGAUGCUGAGAGGCUUAGAAAAGAGGCAGAGCUAGAGGCAGAAAAGCGAGCCCAAGCUGAGGCAGCAGCACUGAAACAGAAACAGCUGGCUGACGAAGAGAUGGCUAGACACAAGAAACUUGCAGAGCAGACACUUAAGCAGAAAUCUCAGGUUGAGCAAGAGCUUGCUAAAGUGAAACUGCGCUUAGAUGAGACAGACAAUCAGAAGACUCUACUGGAUGAGGAGCUCCAUCGCCUGAAGUAUGAGGUCAGUGAUGCUGUUAAACAGAAGGCCCAAGUAGAGGAUGAAUUGUUCAAAGUCAAGAUUCAAAUGGAGGAGCUUCUUAAACUCAAACUCAGAAUUGAAAAGGAAAACCAGCGUCUUAUUCAGAAGGACAAGGAUAAUACUCAAAUGUUCUUGGCUGAGGAGGCUGAGAACAUGAAAAAGCUAGCUGAAGAGGCUGCCAGACUCAGCAUUGAGUCCCAGGAGGCUGCUCGCAUGAGGCAUAUUGCAGAGACUGACCUCGCUGAACAAAGAGCACUUGCUGAAAAGAUGCUUAAAGAAAAGAUGCAAGCUAUUCAGGAGGCAUCUAAGCUUAGAGCAGAGGCAGAAAUGCUACAGAGACAAAAAGACCUUGCACAAGAGCAAGCUCAAAAGCUGCUUGAAGACAAACAACUGAUGCAGCAACGGCUUGAAGAGGAAACUGAGGGCUUCCAAAAAUCAUUAGAGGCUGAGCGCAGGAGACAGUUGGAAAUAACAGCUGAGGCAGAGAAACUUAGACUUCAGGUGUCCCAGCUCAGUGAUGCCCAGUCCAGAGCUGAAGAGGAAGCCAAGAAAUUCAAGAAGCAGGCAGUUGAGAUUUGUGCCCGGCUUCAUGAGACUGAGCUUUCCACCAAAGAGAAAAUGACAGUUGUGGAACAUUUGGAAAUACAGAGGUUGAGCAGUAACAAAGAGGCAGAUGAUUUACGCAAAGCCAUUGCUGAUCUUGAGAAUGAGAAGGCAAAACUGAAAAAAGAGGCUGAAGAUUUACAGAAAAAGUCAAAAGAGAUGGUGAAUGCUCAGCAAGAGCAAAUUAAACAGGAGAAAACAAUUCUCCAGCAGACAUUCAUGUCAGAAAAAGAGAUGCUGUUGAAGAAAGAAAAACAAAUUGAGGAUGAAAAGAAAAGGUUAGAGAGCCAAUUUGAUGAGGAGGUCAAAAAGUCAAAAGCCUUAAAAGAUGAGCAGGAGCGUCAAAGAAAACAGAUGGAGGAUGAAAAGUUUAAACUUCAGGCCACUAUGGAUGUCGCUCUGAAGAAACAAAAAGAGGCUGAACAAGAGAUGCUCAACAAACAAAAAGAGAUGCAAGACCUUGAGAGGAAAAAGCUUGAACAAGAGAGAAUGCUUGCAGAAGAAAACCAGAGACUGCGUGAGAAACUUCAGCAGUUGGAGGUUGCUCAAAAACUCACUGAGGAGAUUCAAAUCCAGACUGAAUACAAAAAAGUCCUCAAUGGACAAAGUAUUUGUGAUGAUGUUGACAGUAAACCUGGUGUCUCUGCAUUAUCUUUUGAUGGCAUUCGUGAGAAGGUGCCUGCAAGCAGACUUUUUGACGUAGGAAUUUUAAGCAAAAUGGAUUAUGAUAAACUCAAGAGAGGUGACACUACAAUCCAAGAACUCAGCAAGACAGAAAAACUAAAAAUUAUUCUUAAAGGCAAGAACUGCAUUGGUGGCUUGCUUGUUCAUCCAAAUAAAAAAAUGCCUAUCUAUCAAGCCGUCAAGGAGAAAAAGAUUGCUCCUGGGACAGGCCUAGUGCUGCUGGAGGCACAGGCAGCCUCUGGAUACAUAAUUGACCCAAUUAAAAACAAGAAACUAUCUGUCAAUGAAGCAGUUAAAGAGGGUCUAAUUGGGCCUGAACUUCACAACAAAAUGCUGUCUGCAGAGAGAGCUGUCACUGGUUACAAGGAUCCAUACACAGAAGCAAAGAUCUCCCUCUUUGAAGCCAUGAAGAAGGGUCUCAUUGGGGAGGAUCAUGCCAUCAGAUUGCUUGAGGCUCAGAUAGCAACAGGUGGCAUUAUCGAUCCAGUCAACAGUCAUCGUGUGCCAGUUGAAACAGCCUACAAGCAGGGUCAGUUUGAUGCAGCCACCAAUACAAUUCUACAAAAACCUUCUGAAGAUGUAAAGGGCUUCUAUGAUCCAAACACCCAAGAAAAUCUCACAUACCACCAGUUAAUGGAAAGGUGCUCCACUGAUCCAGAAACAGGAAUACUUCUUUUGCCCAUCUCAGAGGAGGCUGCUCUAAAUGCCAGAACAUUCACUGAUGAGGAAACAAAGGAAGUGUUUGACAAGACAACAGUGUCUGUGCCAUUUGGCAGGUUUAAAGGAAAGACUGUUACCAUCUGGGAGAUAAUAAACUCUGAGUACUUCACUAAGGACCAGAGAAAAGAUCUUCUCCGUCAGUACAAAACAGGAAAUAUUACAGUCGAAAAAAUCAUCAGAAUUGUUCUAACUGUGGCAGAAGAAAAAGAGAAAAAGAACGAACUUGCCUUUGAUGGCUUGAGAGCCCCUGUUCCUGCCACACAACUACUUGAAUGCAGAGUUAUUGACAAAGAUGUCUAUAACAAGUUGCAAAGUGGACAGCUGGCCAUAAAGGAAGUGUCUGAGAUGGAGAAUGUGCACAAAGCUUUGAAGGGCAAUAACUGUAUUGCAGGAGUAAUUAUUGACUCAACCCAACAAACAAUGUCCUUUUACGAUGCCAUGAAAAGGGACAUGAUGAGACCUGGGCCUGCUCUUAAUCUCUUGGAAGCACAAGCUGCCACAGGAUAUGUUGUAGAUCCUGUCAAAAACCAAAAACUUACAGUAGAUGAGGCUGUCAAAGCAGGUGUUGUUGGUCCAGAGCUUCAUGAAAAACUACUAUCUGCAGAGAGAGCCGUCACAGGCUACAAAGAUCCUUACACUGCAAAAACUAUUUCUCUGUUUGAGGCAAUGAAGAAAGAUCUGAUCACAAAAGACCAGGGUAUUCGAUUCCUUGAUGCACAGCUGGCAACAGGAGGCAUCAUUGAUCCUGUUCAAAGCCAUCGUAUUCCACAUGACAUUGCCUGCAUGAGGGGCAGUUUUGAUGAUGCAACACACAAGUCUUUGACCAGCCUAACUGGUGAUGUUAAAGGAUACUUUGACCCCAAUUCACAGGAAUAUGUCACUUAUUCACAGCUUUAUAAAAUAUGUGUUACUGACAAGAAGACGGGCCUUCAGCUUUUGCCUUUGUCUGAGAAAGCCAUCAAUGCCAAGGAGGAGCUGAAAUACACUGAUGCUCAAACCAAAGAUACAAUGACUCAGGCAACUGUUGAGCUUCAGAGUGGACCUUUCAAAGGAAGAAUAGUUACAAUAUGGGAGCUCAUCAACUCUGACUACCUCACUGAGGAGCAGAGGCUUGACUUAAUAAAGCAAUACAGAUCUGGUAAAACAACAAUUGAGAAGAUUACAAAGAUUUUGAUAACAAUUGUCUAUGAGAAAGAGGCCAAGAAACAAGAAGAGCACUGCUUUAAGGGGCUCAGGGCUCCCGUUCCAGCCAAGUCAUUGUUUGACUCUAAAAUCAUUGACAAAUCUACAUAUGAUUUGCUGGAACAAGGUAAAAAGUCUCCAAAAGAGGUCAGCAAAAACAUCUCCAUCUACAAGUAUCUCCAAGGCUCUGAAAGCAUUGCUGGAGUUUACCUUGAACCUACAAAAGAGAAAAUUAGCAUCUACCAAGCAAUGAAAAAGAAAUUCCUCCGACAAAACACAGGUACUGCCUUGCUUGAAACUCAAGCUGCCACAGGUUUCAUUGUGGAUCCAUCAAGAAAGGAGUUUCUCACUGUGGAUGAUGCUGUUAAAGCAGGCCUCGUUGGUCCGGAGCUUCAUGAGAAACUUCUCACUGCUGAAAAAGCUGUCACUGGAUACAAGGACCCAUUCACAGGUAAUAAGAUCUCACUAUACCAAGCCAUGGAGAAAGACCUUAUCCUCAAGGAACAUGCAAUGCCACUCUUAGAGGCACAGUUGGAAACAGGUGGAAUUAUUGAUCCAGUAAACAGUCAUCGCAUUCCUGUUGAUACUGCAAUUCAGCUGGGAUAUUUUAGCAAACAGCUGGCCAGCAGUAUUGCUGAAAGCAAGUACUUCUCUGACCCUGCAAGUGAUGAGAACAUAUCAUACAAACAGUUGAAAGACAAGUGUAUGACAGACCCUGAUACAGGAUUAAAUCUGUUAAAACUCUCAAAGCCACAGGCCCCAACAGUUGUGGAGAAGACUUACCUUUACAGUGAAGAACAAACCCAAAGUGAUCUAUCCACUACACAGGUGGAUCUACCCAUUGAAGGUCAUGGCUCUAUGACCCUCUGGGAUGUCAUGAACUCAAAUCUGCUACCUGAGGAGCAAAGGGCUCAGCUUCUGGAUGAAUAUCGCUCUGGAAAUAUAACAAAGGAACGCAUGAUAAUUAUUAUAAUUGAGAUUCUGGAGCAGAGAGAAAUUGUAAUAGGGGAAAACAUCAAGAGUGACAACAUAAGAAGACGCCUAAUCACAAUAGAAGAUCUAUAUAAUGCCUGCAUCAUUGAUCUUGAGACCUACAAUCUGUUGAAGAAAGAGAAAAAGACUAUGCGUGAUGUCAUGGAGAUGCAGAGUGUUAAGAAGUACUUGUAUGGAACUGGCAGUGUUGCUGGAGUAUUGACUGAUUCAAAUUCCAUGAUCAGCAUUUAUCAAGCAAUGAAGAGAGGGUUAAUGAAACAAGACAUUGCAACUGGUCUCCUAGAGGCCCAAGCAGCCACUGGAUUCAUCAUUGAUCCCAUUAAGAAUGAGAUGCUCACAGUGGAUGAAGCAGUGCGUAAAGGUGUGGUCGGCCCAGAAAUUCAUGAUAAGCUUCUGUCAGCAGAGAGAGCAGUCACUGGAUUGAAGGAUCCAUACAGUGGAAAAGUUAUCUCCCUCUUCCAGGCAAUGAAAAAGGACCUUGUCCCUGAGGACUAUGCCUUAAGGCUACUUGAAGCUCAAACAGCUACAGGUGGUAUUAUUGAUCCAGAAUAUAACUUCCACUUGCCAACAGACACUGCCACACAACGUGGAUACAUUAACAAAGAGGCAAAUGAAAAGCUGUUGGAUGAGGUUAAAGGAUAUGUCGACCCACUAACUGGCGAGAUGGUUUCUUAUGCUCAACUUCUUAAAAGAUGCAAGGUUGACAAAAAUGGACUAUAUCUGUUGUCUCUAGGAGACAGAAGGCUGCUGUUCAAAGGUCUCAGAAAAGAAAUUACUUUGGAGGAGUUGUUCCGCUCAAAAAUCAUUGAUGAACAAACAGUCAAUCUACUGAAUGAAGGACUAUUAACAGUGGAGGAGGUGAGCAGUAGAUUGCAGAAAUAUAUUGAGGGCUCAAGCUGUAUUGCUGGUGUGUAUGUAGAGUCUACAAAAGACCGUUUAUCCAUCUACCAAGCUAUGAAAAAGAACAUGAUCAGGCCAGGAACUGCUUUUGAAUUGCUGGAAGCUCAAGCAGCCACAGGUUAUAUCAUUGACCCUAUCAAGAACCUCAAGUUAACUGUAAACGAAGCUGUUAGGAUGGGAAUUGUUGGCCCAGAGUUCAAAGACAAGCUCCUCUCUGCCGAGAGGGCUGUGACUGGCUACAGGGAUCCUUAUACAGGCAAAACAAUCUCGCUUUUCCAGGCUAUGAAAAAGGGCCUUAUUUUAAGAGACCAUGGAAUUCGUCUUCUUGAGGCUCAGAUUGCCACUGGAGGAAUCAUUGACCCAGAGGAAAGUCACCGUUUGCCAGUUGAAGUGGCCUACAACCGAGGAUUUUUCGAUGAGGAGAUGAAUGAGAUCCUCACUGACUCAUCAGAUGACACAAAAGGAUUUUUUGACCCAAACACAGAGGAGAAUCUUACCUACCUGCAACUGAUGGAGAGGUGCAUUGUAGACCCAGACACAGGUCUUGUGCUCUUGCUUCUGAAGGAGAAGAAGCCUGUGAAACAGGCUUCCUCCAAAUCCUCUGUCCGCAAACGCAGGGUUAUCAUCGUAGAUCCUGAUUCAGGGAAAGAGAUGUCUGUGUAUGAAGCCUACCGCAAAGGGCUAAUUGACCAUCAGACAUACCUUGAACUUUCUGAGCAAGAGUGCGAAUGGGAAGAAAUCACAAUGACUUCAGCAGAUGGAGUAGAAAAGUCCAUUAUCAUUGAUAGAAGAUCAGGUCGACAGUAUGACAUUGAUGAUGCUAUUGUGAAAGGCCUUAUUGACCAGACUGCACUUGACCAGUACCGCUCUGGUACCCUUGCCAUCACAGAAUUUGCUGAUAUGUUAUCUGGAAACAUGGGUGGUUUCCGUUCCCGAUCCUCUUCCUUUGGAUCCACCUCCUCUUAUCCAAUGAGCCCCAUACCUUCCAUCAAAACUCCUGCCACUUUAUGGAAUGAUCCAACUGAGGAGACUGGUCCGGUGGCUGGAAUCCUUGAUACAGACAGCCUAGAAAAAGUUUCAAUCACAGAAGCCAUGCAUAGGAACUUAGUGGAUUCCAUAAGUGGCCAGAGACUGUUAGAGGCACAGGCUUGCACUGGUGGCAUAAUAGACCCAACAACUGGAGAGAAAUUCUCAGUUGCUGAAGCAACUGAGAAAGGGCUUGUGGAUAAGAUAAUGGUAGACAGACUGAACUUAGCCCAAAAAGCUUUCCAUGGAUUUGAAGAUCCCCGAACUAAAGUGAAAAUGUCUGCUGCCCAGGCCCUCAAGAAAGGCUGGCUUUAUUAUGAGGCAGGGCAGCGUUUCUUGGAGGUGCAGUACCUCACUGGUGGUCUUAUUGAGCCAGAGGCUGAGGGUCGAAUCUCUCUAGAGGAGGCAAUCAGGAAAGCUACUAUGGAUGGCCGAACAGCCCAAAAGCUAAGAGAUGUAAGUGCUUACACUAAAUACCUUACCUGUCCUAAAACCAAACUGAAGAUCUCCUACAAAGAUGCCAUGGACAGAAGUAUGGUUGAGGAAGGAACUGGCCUUAGACUUCUGGAAGCUUCAUCGUUGUCCAGUAAAGGUCUCUACAGUCCAUACAAUGUCAGUGGUGCUGCAUCUGCAUCUGGCUCAAGGACUGGGUCCAGGACAGGCUCUAGGUCAGGAUCAAGAAGAGGUAGCAUUGAUGCCACUGGUUCUGGAUUAUCCAUGAACUUCUCCUCAUCCUCUUACACUUCCUCCAGUUACAGCCGUAGAUUUUAAAGCUGGAGCCCAAAAUGGACCUGCCACAUGUGGUCCUAAAGAUUUAAAACAAAGGACUUUCAUAUCAGCCCUGACUUUAUCCACUACAGUUACAAAAUACAGUAUAUUAAUUAGACAAAAAAUAAUUACUUUAUUCUGCUUCGCAUGUUUUUACCAUAGGAAAAUGCAUUCCAAAAACUGGGACAAGUUACUUUCCCAUUUUAUGUAGUUUGGAUGCUUAAAAAUGAUAAAAUACCUGGUUAGACUUAAUCAUAGUUAUCUAAUUUAGGUUGUUUUAGUUCAUAUAGAUGUUUUGUGUAUUUUGAGAGUGAAUUGUUUCUUUUCUUAUAUGUAUACUUGAGUGCAACAUCUGAUUACAGGAAAAUGUAUAAUACUGGUAGUUACAUUCAGCAUUUUGGAUUUAUAAUUAUUUUUUUUUUUAUCAAACACUGACUAGAUUGUAUUUCAUAUUAAUUAAAGCCUUCAUUUCUACAUAUUAUUUUAGAAAAUAAUUUUUCUACAUGGGAUUCAAAUUAAUGUACCAAAAAAAAAUAUGCAGUUCAACAAGAAAUGUUUAUUAGAUUAACAGAGUGCAGAUGUAUGGUUUUAUUUUUGCAUAUUUGUAUAGAUUUGAUAGACAAGCGUAUUUAAGAAGAGACUGUUAGUCAUCAUAGCAUAGUUGCGGCUGGUUUUACAGAAUGUAAAACAAAACACUACACUUAGACACAUACACUAAAGGAGGAGAGAACAACUAGUGCAACCAGCCAAUACCUAGGCUAUGUCCCCUGAAACUGGAGCUUCUGUUAAUUUGUUAAGUUAAUUUGUCAUUUACUGGAUCCAAUAUAUAUUCCACGUCCUUUGAAAAACCACUCAUUGCUCCUGACCGCCCUGUAAAGAGUUCUUGAAGCCCAUAUCAACUGUCAGUCCCCUACUGGUGUGUUGUCCAAAGAAGAUUUCAGAUGUCUCAGGUGCCCCUCUCUCAUACCUUCUGGACAGAUCUGGAUAACUUGUAGUACUUAUGUCAUCAGAUAUUAGUUGUGGACAACUUGAUGAUGUUGCACAUUUGGUGUUUGAUUACGACGUGAAUGAUGCUCAUCAGCAGCCUGCAUCCUCAGACAUUCAGAUCUUCACUGUGGCUUUCCUCGUUUCUUCUGUUGUAUCUGCCAUUUGCAUGACGACACUAGAGGCUAGGGCUACCUUGAGGUUUGCCUUGGAUAUCAUACCAGGAACUACCAUUUUGGUGGAUUGCUCCUAUUUUGUCAUUCACAUCAACUGGGAGUUGGACGUGAGACUUAACAUGCACACUGCAAAAAAUUCAAAACAUCAAAAGAAUUGGAUCCAUUAAAUUGACCAUAAUAUGGACACUUUAUGUAGAAUACCUAUGUUCUACUUCCCAUAUUAUUUCCAUCCCCUAAAUGAUGGUGUUUUUAUAUAAAACACACAAUGCAUAAGAACUGCAUACCCCUUGUAUUAUAUUGCUUCUAAAGAUUACACUUAUUUUCAUUAUUAUUCAUAUAAAUAACAAAUAAAGAUGGCAUCAUUAACUAAAUGUAUUUAGGUUAAUUUAGUGUAUGGCAGUUUCAUUUUUGUUCUUUAAUUUUUACAUUUUCUGUGCCAAAACUUCAUUUUGGGAUUUGUCAUUUGUUGCCUAAUUUUAAUUUCUUUACUUUUUCAUGCAAUGUAUUGUCCUGUCUUUUAAAAGUACUUGACUUUUUUUUAUGUUGUCUAUGUAAAAUAUUUUUUUGCAUGUUUUACUAAUUUGCUAUAAAGUGUUCUAAAAAGAUGAAGAAUAGGUUUUAAUUAUUACCAAUAUAAGAAAGAUUAUAUAAGUAAAAGAUGUAUGAAAUACACAAUAUUAACUGCUUUUUAGAGACUGGGAUAGAGAUACUGGUAAAAGAGAAUACAUUUUUAAGGAUAACACUAUAUUCAAGUGUAAAUAAAUAUAUUUUAGAACGAUCAUUUCCAGUUUUUGUAGAGUUUGUGUUUCAUAAACAGAGGUUUAUCAUUUAUUCAUCAUCCAUAAUCACAAUAAUAUUAACCACAAAAAAAAAUGGUAAAUUAUAAUUUGAUAAGAAUCGGUUUUCUGUGGUCAAAUUACUUAAUGCUUUUUAUGAACUGAGGAAUUGUUAACUUUAAAUGUAUUGGCCAAUACAAGAGGGAAAGGAACACAUUGUUUUAGUCAAAGGCUAUGGUCGGAAAAGUGAUAUGGUAUUGAAAAAUGGCACCUCCAUUUAGUAUUAGCAUUUUUUAUUGGAAAGUUCCAGAAUGUAACCUUUUGUUUUUUCUUCUUUUUUUUAUGAUGAUAAUGAAACCAUUUCUUCUAACCCUGAAAAACAAUAAAAUUAUGCAUUUCUUUUGGGA